AUGGAGAUCAUGGCCUCGCGUUCAACACGGCCAGUCAAGUCCAUCCUCAAACAGCCCACGAAAAAGCCACCCGUGCUGUCCGAUGAGCAGAAGGCGCAGGCAGAAAAGGAUCGACGGAAUUUGAAUAUCGCCCUUGCCCAUGCCCACAGAAUACAGCGUCAAAAAGACGCAGAGUCACAUAUCUUGAGCUCGAUCACAUUUCUCAUCGAUCUUCCGGCGGCCUCCGCCUUCACGAGCAAGGACGCCGCCGCAUUCGUUCAGCAUGUGCGUCUCUUUCAGCCUUCCGACUUUGACAGCCUCGUCGAAGAGCGCCGCAUCGAUGGCAAAUGUGGGUACACGUUGUGUCGGAAUAAGCCGCGCAUCCACACCAUGGGCACCAGCGCAGAGUGGAAGCUGAAGAGGGGCAUGAGCGAUUACUGCAGUAAUGAGUGCGCCAAGAAAAAUCUCUUCGUCAGGACUCAGCUCAGUGAGGUUCCUGCCUGGGAGCGUGCGCCUGAGCAGCAACCAGAAAUUCAACUGCACGCAGACGACAGCCCUCCAGAUGAUGACACUGCUGUGAGGCGGGCGAAUCGAGCUGCUCGUGUUGAUGCGUGGCGGCAGAAGGUUGCGGAUGAAAAGGAAUUGGCUGCGGAGAGAGGAGAAACUACUACGUCCUUCCGGCCAAAGCAAGUCAUGGCCGACGGCAUAGUCGAGAAGCGACCAUCAAAGAAGCCUCCACGCGCUCCAGACUCCGAUGAAAUCGAACGCAUGGCUGGCGCAAUUGAAGGAUUCACGCCAAGACCGCUUGGGAAGAACCCAUGGAGCACGACCAAGGCACUCACAGAUGAAGACCAUGAAGACGAUGACGACGAUAACGACGACUGAAUGACUGGUAUUUGCAUCUUUUCAAGCAUUACUCGCGAGAUACCAACAAACCGCAUUGAGAACGGUGUCAUAGCAAGGAAUCCCAAUUUGU